AAUUGCACAGAGCAGCCUGAGGCUGAGACCCCAGCCCCGGCCCCCUCCUCUGCCCUGGGCGCUGGCGUCUGAGUCAUCAGGGUCGCCUGGCCACAUGGAACCAAGUCCUGAGCCUCCGAGUUUGGUGAGGGGGCAAGCUCUGGGGGCAGCUUGGGUGGGGUCGUUGGGCAGGAGCAUCACCCCGAGAAUGAAUGGGUCAUGGCUGUCUCUUGGCCUGAGAACACGGAGCCAAUGGUGGGAGGUUUGGGGGUGUGCUGUCUCUCGUGCCCCUGCUUCCCUUUCUACCCUACCCAGCCUGGCCCUCACCUUCAGGAAACAAUGAAGGGAGACACCAGGCAUCUCAACGGAGAGGAGGACGCCAGCGGGAGGGAAGACUCCAUCAUCACCAAUGGGGCCUGCAGUGACCAGUCGUCGGACUCCAAGGAUGCCCCCUCGCCCCCCAUCCUGGAGGCUAUCGGCUCCCCAGAGAUCAGAGGACGCAGAUCAAGCUCGCGACUGUCCAAGAGGGAAGUCUCCAGUCUGCUAAGUUAUACUCAGGAUCUGACAGGUGAGGGAGAGGAAGGGGAAGAAGGGGAUGGCCCUGACACUCCAGUGAUGCCAAAGCUGUUCCGUGAAACCAGGACUCGCUCUGAAAGCCCAGCUGUCCGAACCCGCAAUAGGAACAUUGCCUCCAGCCGGGAGAGGCACAGGCCCUCCCCACGUUCCACCCGAGGCCGGCAGGGCCAGGGCCGCAGUCACGUGGACGAGUCCCCCGUGGAGUUCCCGGCUACCAGGUCCUUGAGGCGGCGGGCAGCAGCAUCUGCAGGCACGCCGUGGACAUCCCCGGCCAGCCCCUACCUCACCAUCGACCUCACGGAUGACGAUGCGACACCCCAGAGCAGCAGUACCCCUUACUCACGCCUGUUCCAGGACAGUCAGCAGGAGAGCUUGGAGACUUCCCAGCUGGAUGCAGAGGGGAGAGAUGCAGAUAGCUCCGAGUAUCAGGAUGGGAAGGAGUUUGGAAUCGGGGACCUCGUUUGGGGAAAAAUCAAGGGCUUCUCUUGGUGGCCGGCCAUGGUGGUCUCCUGGAGAGUCACCUCCAAGCGUCAGGCCAUGUCUGGCAUGCGAUGGGUGCAGUGGUUUGGGGACGGCAAGUUCUCAGAGGUCUCUGCGGACAAGCUGGUGGCUCUGGGGUUGUUCAGCCAGCACUUUAACCUGGCCACCUUCAAUAAGCUGGUCUCUUACAGGAAGGCCAUGUACCACGCCCUGGAGAAAGCCAGGGUGCGAGCUGGCAAGACCUUCCCUGGUAGCCCCGGAGACUCGUUGGAGGACCAGCUGAAGCCCAUGUUGGAGUGGGCCCACGGGGGCUUCAAGCCCACUGGGAUCGAGGGCCUUAAACCCAACAACAGCAAGCGACCAGUGGUUAAUAAGUCGAAGGUGCGUCGUGCAGGCAGUGGAAACUUAGAAUCAAGGAAAUACGAGAACAAGACUCGAAGACGCACAGCUGACGACUCGGCCUCCUCGGACUACUGCCCCCCACCCAAGCGCCUCAAGACAAAUUGCUACAACAACGGCAAAGACCGGGGGGAGGAAGAUCAGAGUCGAGAGCAAAUGGCUUUGGAUGUUGCCAACAACAAGAACAGUCUGGAAGAUAGCUGUUUGUCCUGUGGUAGGAAAAGCCCCGUUUCCUUCCACCCUCUUUUUGAGGGUGGGCUCUGCCAGACAUGCCAGGAUCGCUUCCUUGAGCUGUUCUACAUGUACGACGAUGAUGGCUACCAGUCCUACUGCACCGUGUGCUGCGAGGGCCGCGAGCUGCUCCUCUGCAGUAACACGAGCUGCUGUCGGUGCUUCUGUGUGGAGUGCCUGGAGGUGCUGGUGGGUGCGGGCACAGCUGCCAACGCCAAGCAGCAGGAGCCCUGGAGCUGCUACAUGUGUGUGCCACAACGCUGCCACGGUGUCCUGCGGCGCAGGAAGGACUGGAACACGCGCCUGCAGGCCUUCUUCACCAGCGACAUGGGGCAUGAAUACGAAGCUCCCAAGUUGUACCCUGCGAUUCCUGCUGCCCGAAGGCGGCCCAUCCGAGUCUUGUCCCUGUUUGAUGGAAUUGCAACUGGGUACUUGGUCCUGAAAGAAUUGGGCAUCAAAGUUGAGAAGUAUGUCGCUUCUGAAGUGUGUGAAGACUCCAUUGCUGUUGGAACCGUAAAGCAUGAGGGGAACAUCAAAUACGUGAAUGACGUGAGGAACAUCACAAAGAGAAAUAUUGAAGAAUGGGGCCCGUUUGACUUGGUGAUUGGUGGCAGCCCGUGCAAUGAUCUCUCAAAUGUGAACCCUGCCAGGAAAGGUCUGUACGAGGGCACAGGCCGGCUCUUCUUUGAGUUCUACCACUUGCUGAAUUACACGCGUCCCAAGGAGGGGGAUAACCGACCCUUCUUCUGGAUGUUUGAGAAUGUCGUAGCCAUGAAGGUCGGCGACAAGAGGGACAUCUCACGGUUCCUGGAGUGUAAUCCAGUGAUGAUAGAUGCCAUUAAAGUGUCUGCUGCUCACAGGGCCCGAUACUUCUGGGGCAACCUGCCUGGGAUGAACAGGCCUGUGAUAGCAUCAAAGAAUGAUAAACUCGAGCUGCAGGACUGCUUGGAAUUCAGUAGGACAGCAAAGUUAAAGAAAGUACAGACAAUAACCACCAAGUCGAACUCGAUCAAACAGGGGAAAAACCAACUUUUCCCUGUUGUCAUGAAUGGCAAAGAAGAUGUUUUGUGGUGCACUGAGCUAGAAAGGAUCUUUGGCUUUCCUGUCCACUACACGGAUGUAUCCAACAUGAGCCGUGGUGCCCGCCAGAAGCUGCUCGGGAGGUCCUGGAGCGUGCCCGUCAUCCGACACCUCUUCGCCCCCCUGAAGGACUACUUUGCCUGUGAAUAGUCACUGCCCUGGCGUGCUGGGGGCACUGAGGCAGGGGGGUCAGAGCCAGGACUCAGGAGUGGGAUCCCUCAGGAGGGGGGUCCCUGGGCUCUGGCCUCCCUCAGCUCAGCUGUACUGGGUCAUGGUGCAUACCUCAGUUUCCCCCAAUCGCUCAGUGGGAGCAGAGCCACCUGACCUUCUCUGGCAGGGGGAGGCUUCUGUUGUUGGCACACCCAAGGUGCCACCUCUUUGUGCACAAUUCAGACCAGGCUGCUCACAGCGGCCAAACAUGGUGCUCAUUUUUUCUCCUGAAAUUUUAAAACUUGAAGUAUAGGUAGUAAGAUUGCUUUGUUUUUUUCCUCCUGGGUUUACCACUCAGAAAGGAUGGCUGAGAUACCAAAACCACAGUGCCGACAGCUCGCCAGUACUCAGGUUCAUGCUGAAAACCCACCCAAGACAGUUAUUGCCAAGAUUUUUUAAUGUCUGCUACUCUAUGUUUACAGGAAUGUGCAGUUGUAGACAGACGUGUAGCUAAGGAAGAUUUUUAAGGGCCCAGGAUGUUUUUUUUCUCUAGGGCUAGUAGAGGAUGAAAAUGAUGUAUAUGUCUCUUAAUUUUACCUGGCACAUUCCCCUUGCCUCAGUAUAAGGGCUGGAGUCUGUUCUUGGGGAUCAUAUAGAGUAUUUUCCACAAUGAUGAUGAUAUCAGCAGGAAUGAUGUUGUCAUCAUAUUCAGGGCUAUUUUUUCCCCACAAACCCAAGGGCAGGGCCACCCUUAGCUAAAUCCCUCCCAGUGACUGCAAUAGUACCCGGGGGAGCUCAGGAACUGGUGGGCCGAGUUAUAAGCUGCCAUGUGGACAAGGGCGGCACCUCUAUCUCCCUACCCCCAGGUGAGGGGAGUGACGAGGGAGCUUAGGUAAGAACCCUCCCUCUCAAAAGCUGCCCACCCCCUGAGUCCUCCUACUCAGGCACAGGUCCCCGGAUUACAGGUAUGUCACCCAACUCCUCAUCCCCUUUUUAUACUCAGAAGCAGUGACAGCCAGGGGCAGAAGCACAUUCCUUGCGCUUUACCCUCAUCUAAGAGAUGGCAGGGAAAAACUGCAAUAAAAGCCCGAGCCUCCCUCCAGAGAUUUUUAAAUCCUUUUUUAUUCAUAAGUCGUUUUUAAGGGGAAUGGGAGGUCGGAUAAGGUGCAUUUCAGAAAUGCUGUCGUAAUGGUUUUUAACACCUUUUACUCUUCUUACUGGUGCUAUUUUGUAGAGUAAGGAACAACGUUGACAAGGAUUUUUGGGUUUUUUAUACACAGACUUUUUUUUAAUCUCAGACUUCUAUUUUUGUUUAACAUUUCAUAAAUUUUUUUUUUUUUUUUUUUUUGGUA